CGCACGGGCAGUGGAAUUUGUAUUAUCUGUAAGAAUCUUGAUUUGUAUUGUAAUUGCAUUUAAGAUAAAUACUUAUUGUUGUUGUUUUCAACGUUUUACCCAUCAGCCUAAAUUGAGAGGGUUCUUAUUUUUUAAUUUUUCGAUCGGCUGGGCGUGCCCUCUGAGACAAACACUGACUCAAUGAGAGCCAGAGGGCAGCAUGUCAGGAGCGUCUACCAACCAGGCCAGAUUGGACAGAAACAAGCCCAAAUACCCUGCCUCGAAAGGAAAUGAGCUGUACAAGAACAAGCCUGUGGCGUUUCAGAACCGAGGGCCGUUCAACAGAUAUGGUCUGCAGAGCGUCGGAAAGCCCGUGUCCGCCCGGAGAAUACCGCCGCCGGCGCAACUCCCCAGUUUGAAGUCUGAGAACAGUGGGAACGACCCGAACGUUACUCUCGUCCCGCUCGGUGGUCAAGGAUGGGGCUCCAAAGACUCGGCCGCUGCUGCCGGCGAGGGCAGUGCCAAGCCGGCGGCUCCGGCGGCGGCCCCGGCCCCAGCGGCAGCACCAGCCGCGCCGGCCGGACCGCGCACCUGGAGCGGCGUCACUGCCGGCUCGGCGGCGCCGGCGCCCUGGAGACCUGUGCGCCAGUCGGCCGGCUUUCAGCGCGAGUUCCCCUCUCUGGCCGGCGAGUCCGAGCCGCCGCCGGCGCCGCAGCCAGCUGCCCCAGCAGCCCAGCACACGGCUGCACCCGCCAUCCAGCGCCCGGCGGCGUCCCAGCCGGCGCCGGCCGCGGAGUCGACCGGAGACGGCGGCGCGCCCAGUCUGCGCCCGACCACGGCCGGCAGCUGGGCGCGCGGCGGCCGCCGGACCGACGGCAGUACCGCGUCUGGCCCGGCGGCGGCGGCGCCCGCGGCCGCGCCGGCUGAGCGGCCCGCAGAGGCGGCGGUGACGGCGCCGGCCCCGGCUCCGACCGCUGCGGCUCGCCCGGCGCCGCCAGCCACGGCCGCCAUCAGCGGGCCAACCUUCAUGCCAGCGUUCAACGACCUGAUGCCGGCGUACAUGCGGCCGGCCGGCCAGCCGGCAUCACGGCCGCCCGCGGCGGCGCUGCCCGCUCUCCAGCCGACGGCGCCGCCCAGCCGACCGCACCAGGAAGCGCCGCCGAAACAGCCGCCUCCGCUGCCGGCGGGCGGAACCGAGCCUGGGCGGCCCACCAACCAUCGGCCCAUUAUCAAGGAGGAGGACCUGCGCAGCUUCGACGACCUGGCCAACAAAUACGACAAGGGCUGGGCCGCCGGGGUUGACGACAUCGACUACAACAAGAAGCUGUCUUUCUCGGACGACGACAGUGAGCCGGAGCCGGAGCCGACGCCUGCCAGUCGGUCUUCCAGCCGUCCCAGCGGCCCGUCUGAGCGGCCCGCCGAGCCGAACCGCACCGCAGAGCGGCCGCCGGACCGUCCGUCGGAGCGCGCUCCGUUCGACCGGGCGCCGUUUGACCGGCCGGCCUUUGACCGCGGUCCGCCCCGGCCAGGACUGAACGACUGGCGUAGAGACGGUCCUCCGCGGCCCGGCCCGGCCGCCUACAACGGCGGCCCGGGCAGCUACCCCGGCAGCAGCAGCGGGUGGCCGGUGGCCAGCCGGCCGGACCCGACCGAGGCGCGCCGCCGCGCCGCGGAGGAGGAGGCCGCCUGCCGCCGCCAGGCCGACGAGGUGGCCGCGGCCACGGAGCGCGCCCGCCGCCGUCGCCAGGACGAGGAGGCGCGCUUCGACCGCCGGCGUCAGGAGUCGGCGACGGCCCGCGGCCCGGGCGUCUACCAGCCGCGCUUCCAGCGACAGCAGUCGGGCGGUCCCGAGGAGGGGAGGACGGCGCCGGCGGCCGGCGGACGGGGCACGGUCAGGGACAACCGGUACAGUGACGAUGUCAGGUUCAGCCAGCGAUCAGAUGGAAGGGACGGACGUGGAGGCACGCCACCGGACAGGAAUCGGCUACAGAACAACUCGCGCGGCCCCCGCCACUCGCCGCCCGACGACCGCCGCCGGAAGGAGGAGCCGCAGGAGGAAGAGGAGGAUGAGGAGCCGCGCAACUACGGCUCCUCCUGGGUCGACCAGCUCGAGGUGGAGGUGUCCCCGGCGCUGGCGGCCCUCCAGUGCAGCUCUGACCGCCCUGAUACUAACGAUAAGCACAACUCUACGGCGCCUGCGUCCUCGACGAAGGCUGUGGAUACCGACAAAGCCCCAACUCCGGCUAACUCCACUAGUGGCAGCGUCAAGCCAGUGACCAGUACUGCUGCCAGCAGUGGUGGUGGCGGUCACUCCCGGGACGGCGACCCCAGGCGGGAUGAGCAGGACGUGCGGCGGCAGUCGGGACACCAGCCGCCGUCUGUCAGGGAGCGACCCGACGAGCUGGAGCGGCAGAGACAGCCGGCGGCGCCGCGUCGGAGUGACAGCGAUCGCAGCAGGACGUCGGGCAGCAGUGAGAGCUCGACCGAGCUGUCACAGGACGGAUCGACCGGUAGACAGCGGCGGGUGGAGCCCGGCCGGCCGGCACCGCAGCAACCGCAGCAGCAGCAGCAGCAGCACUAUCCCCAGCAGCAACAACAGCGGUACCAGCAUCAGCCACAGAACUACCAGCAGCAGCAGCAGCCCUACCAGCAACAGCAACAGCAGCCGCAUUACCAGCAACAACAGCAGCAGCAGCAGCAGCCCUACCAACAGCAGCAGCAACAGCCCUACCAGCAACAGCAGCCGCAGCAGCAGCUAAUCGACCGCGACAUGAGCCAGCCCCAGGCGCCGCCGUCGGCGCCACAGGAGACGCCGGCCACCAGACACCUGUCGGAGGAGCGUGGCUCCACCCCGGACCGGUCGUCUUACCAGCACGGUCCGGGCGCUCUCGGUACCGGCGGCUGGCAGGAUGGCGAACUGGACUCCCCGGCUGUUCCCGCCGCGCUGGGCCUCGGCCGCGGCCGGCCUCUGCGCGGACAGGACGACCGGUCACGUGCCGCCUUCGAGGCGCCCUGGGAGGAGGUCAUCCCACCAGCGGAGACCAAUGGCGAGCCGGCGCGGCGCGGGCGGGGUGCCGGCCGCGCGCGUGACGGCAGAGGCCGGCGGCGUGGCGGACGGCCGGGUCCCGACGGCGAGGAGCCAGUCGGUGAGCGGUGGUCGGGCCGGCACGAGACGCUGCCGCCGCGCUUCCAGCGGCGCCGUGACGCGCCGCCGCCGGCACCGGAGGAGGAGCUGGGCUGGGAGGGCCGGCCGGAGCCUCCGUCCGCCGCGGAGGAGUAUGACGAGGAGCGUCUGGCGUACAGCGCCGCCGCCAUCCACCAGGCGAUGAUGGACGGGGAGCGGGCGGAGCCGGCAGAGGAGGAGGCGCACCAGGGCGGCCCGCUCGGCGGCGACCUGCGCAUGGACGAGCCGGGGGAGACGGAGGCGCGCAGACAGCGCAGGGACGACCGGCCCGGCCGCCGCGCUGCCGAACCACCCGCCGCACCGCGCACCAAGCCGCACGAGCGCUCCCGUCAGAGCAAGCUGCCGCCGCGACUGGCACGACAGCGUGAGUCGGGCUGGUUGCAGCGCCAGGCCGCCGGUCCGCAGGAGAUGGGGAUGUUCGGGGCGCCCGCGCCGCCGCCCGGCGGUGGCUGGCAGCCACCGAUCGCCCCGGCUCCGGGCUCGGCGCGGCCGCCGGUGUCGGUUAGCUGCGCGGACCCCGCCGCCCCGGGGCAAAUGUUCAACGUGCGCUCCCUCGGCGGCGCCAACUUUGACGGCUUCGACGGCGCCAGCGUGCCGGCACGCACCAUCAUCUUCGAGAAUACCAACUUCAAGAACAGCCGCACAGCGCCGAAGCCGGCGCGCAGCCCGCCGCAGCCGGCCGGCGGCGAGCCGCGGGAUGUCACAGCCCCGCAGCCGCCGCCGGCCGGCAAACGGGCGCCGCUAGAGCUGCCGCUCAUGCUGGACGGUGGCGACGAGGCACGCCAGAUUCAACUCGACUUCACCUUCGACCAGGAGCUGGCGGCUCUGGCCUCCCGCGCGCCGGCGCCGCCGCCAGGAGUGGCCAUGUCCCGCGGCACGGCCGAUCUCAACAUGAAGAUAGCGUCUGUGAAGAAGGUCUGGGACACGCCGGCCGCUCCGCCGCCGCCGCGCGGCGUUCCCUCUGAGGAGCGCGCCAGCAGUGGUGAGUCAGCGGACCGGGUGGACCGAGAUGACUCGGGGCUGGGCUGGGAGGAGCGGCCAGCCGCCAGUCUGACGUUCCCGGCCGCGGCCGCCUCGCCCGGCGGACCGGACGCGGACGCGGCUGUCUCGGCGCCCGGCCCGGUGAAGCCGCACACGAACCCGCACGCUCUCCGACCGGGGAUAACCCGUAAUGGCGGCGCUCCGAUGUCUGUGUCCGGCUCCGUGGUGGCUCCGUCGCCCGCGGAGACGUUCGCAGUGGACGCGAUGCCGAGCCGGCGGCCGCUGUCGCAGUACGAGCUGUACGCACCGCCACCGCUGGACCAACUCUCGCAUUACGCCUACCCGGACCAUUCAGCGGCCUUCGGCAAACUGACUGGGAAACCGGAGCCAGCGGCUUACCAGCCGGCGCCACUGCAGUUUGUCCAGUAUGGCGCUCCACUGCUGGGACAGAGUGUCGGCUCCCACCUGCUGGGUCAGCAUCUGCUGCACAGCCAGCAGCCGGCCGCUACUGGACUCUACAACGGACCGCAGGCUGCCUACUUCCAGGGCAUCCCGCCGCCGGAGCCGCACCUGCAGUCGUUCGGCGGCCUGCAGUCGUUCAGCGGACUGCAGCAGCUGCGGACGGCAGUCGCCGCCUCCGCGCCCUGGCGUACUGCGGACGCUGCGGCGGCCGUGGCGGCAGCCGCCGCGCCCGGCGCCGGCUCGCGCUCGCCCAGCAGCGCCGGCACGCCCUCGCCCUCUCCGGCGGCCGGCGUGCAGCCGUACCCGCCGCCGCCGGGCACCCGCGGCCCGGCCCGCCCGCCCGAGGCGCCGCUCUACCAGAGCCCGAUUCGGCGACCGGUGCCGCUGCCGGUGGGCGGUGUGCCGCCGCCGGGCACCGCCGGCAGACCGAACCCGAGCUCGGCACAGCAGCAGAAGAUGAGAGAGGCGGCGCUCCACCAAGCGCAGAACUUCUUCAGGGCCGGCCAGCAGGGUGCUCCAGUCGGCCCGAUGCCCGGCUCUCGGCCCCCGGACGGCGUCGGAGACGUGGGCGCCGCGUUCGCACAGGCCGACGACGGCAGCGGUGGCGACCGGGCAGCGCGGGCCGCCGGCCGGUACCGGCGCGAGCAGGCGCGGCCCGGCCCCGGCGGUCCGCCGCCCGAGCGCAGGGACCAGCAGCGAUGACCGCCACCGGGACCCCCGGAGGACCACGGACCAGACGCAGCACCGAGAGGGACGCCAGUGGAGAGGACCAGCGCAGACCAACGGCGAGAGCACAGAGCCUUCGCUCGCCAGUCCGCCUAUCGAGCAACCCAAACGCGGCAGUGUGCGGAGCCGCAGACACUGCGAAUUUCAAGUGUCGCCAGAACGGCUAAGCAGUGGAGUUGAACGGACGACCAAGCUGAUCGUGAAAUUUGAUUAAGACGUCGUCUUAUGUGUGUCAGAGCGGCUGGCGGCCAGCCCAGAUCUACCUGGGUGCGAAGUCGCAGCGGCGCUGAAAGUUGUCGGACGUCGUGUUCACUAGACGUCGCAAGCAUGGGACGUCGUGAACUCUUUGGACGUCAUGAGCAUUAGACGUUGUGAACGGUGGACGUCCUGAGCGGUGGACGUUGUGAGCAUUAGACGUCGUGAGCGGUGGACGUCGUGAACGUUGUAAAACGUCGUGGUGUAGUGACCGUAUCUGGUAGGAUACCGGGCGUCACAUUGGUGUUGCUGCACAUUCGUGCGGCGCAGCCGGGAGCGUGGCACGUGCCGACACGUGCAGUGGCAGCGGCCGGAGCCGUACGUGGCGGUGACACGUGGUGCGUGCACGUGACUGGUGACGCGGCAGCGGACGGACUGCAGUAGCGGCCGCCCGCCCUGGGACGCUCUCUCAGCACGGCAGUAGCUCUUCGUGACCUUGUGCAUUAGCCCGGUGAGGCGGCGCGGGCCGGACGCCGCGGCGCCGGCCGCCCGCCCCCGCUGAGCUGUCGGUGUGUCCAGAUGGCGGUAAUACAUUCUGUUGACCACGUCUCGUUCUGCUGCAGGGACCUGGCCGACGACAGCGCGUGCCCAUGUCAUCAUGCGCGCAUUACGAACAUUCGAUGUUUUGUCUGCGCAUGCUCCACGCGUGACAUGUAUGUUGCUGCAUGACUAGGGAGCAUUACAUGCAUCAUGCACGGACGUCAUACCUCGUAUUUAACCUCUUCACAAGGGGCGCGCGCAUACUUGGAUGGGAGACUUAAUUACAAUAAUACAAGCCGUGCUGCCUC